AUGAAUUCGAUGUACCAUAUAGUGUUCCUCACGAGAAGAGGCGCGGCGUUGUUGUUACAAUCCUUCAACCUGGUUCUGGCAACAUUUGGCAAGGAAGUGCAACUGCCGGUGACUCCAGCUACUGCUCGGAAGCAUGUAGGCAUCGAUGAUCUGACGGAGCAUAUUGUGGCGCCGACUUCGAGUCUCGCCACCAAUUUACGAAGAUCAAAUGGCGAGUUCUCCCAUCCAUCUUCCAACACUUCUGUCGAUUCUGGGGACCUUAUGACAUCGAUCUAUCCGCCGAUCGGACGACCAACCUCCUUCCAAGCAUACUGGGGUCCCAACUUGCCCAUCCGUGGAUCAACCCGCCUUGGAAUCUGA